GUGAUUGUGUCAUCAAGUGCACAAAAAAAUUGUUUGGAUACAUAAAUAGUGAUCUCACUUAGAGGAAAUUCUCUUAUAUAAUAGAAACUCUGCAAAGGCAACGAAAUGUCGAAUUACAAGCCCAUUGACGCGAAACGCGAAGAAUUUCGCAAAUAUCUGGAACAUGCAGGAGUUAUGGACGCCCUCACCAAAGUACUCGUAUCGCUAUAUGAGGAAACAGAGAAACCUGAAGAUGCUUUAGAAUACGUCCGCAAACACCUCGGGGGAAUAACGGAAAGCUCUUCAAAUACGGACGCCCUGAGAAAGGAAUUGGACGAAUCACAAGCCCAGGUUACGGAAUUAAAAGCAAAACUCGCAAAAUUCGAAACAGAGGCGGGAAACGAAUAAUCUUGUCCCAGAAUUCACGAUUUUAUACUAGUCUCGCAACUCGUCAUUAAGUUUAACUUUUGAAAAAACUAUCUCAUAUUUGUGCCUUUAAAUCGUCCCAGAUUUAUUCUGGAAUGUAUAUUCUAUCCCCCUCCCCCCUUUUUUUUGAUAGUAGAAUAUCGGACCAACCAAACGAGUAAAUGACAUUUAAAUUCCGUUAGGAUAUAAUAAAAUUGUCGAGAAUUUGGGAAAAUUAAUUUUUCGCCUUUAGUCAGUAUUAAUCAAAUGAAAAAAAAUGGUUUCCCUAAAUCGAGCCGGAAAUUAAUAAUGCAAAUUUAACUUUAAAAUUCUUUAAAGUUUUAAUUUCCCGAAGAAUUGGUUUAUACCGUUUUUCGCAUAAUUCAGCAGGUUAUUUAUAGAUUUAUCUUGCAAUUUUUGUUAGCAAAUUCUGAAAAAUGUGGGAUUAAAAGGUGAAAUUUUGUGUUUACAAUUUGAGAACCAUUAGUGAUAAUCACUUAUUUUGAGAAAUGUAAAUGGAAAUUCUUUUGUUAAAUAUUCGAAGAAUCGGAAAUUUGUGAUUAUGAUCGAGUGGUUUUCAAUUAAUUAGAAACAGUAGUUAUUAAUUGAAUGAAUUAAAACUAGUUUUGCUGAAAAAAAAAAUAAAUUAAAAAACUAGUUUAGAUAAAGAGAAUCAAAUAGGCUAAUAUUGACAUUCCAUCACCGGUGCUUAGUCAACCAAAGAGAAGUUUUUGUAUAGUUUUUCAAAAACUAAUGUAAUAUAAAUUGGUUAAGUACUUAAACUGUGUGAGUAGAAAUUUCUAAAAAAAGGGCCAUUGAGAGUUCAUUGAGACUAUGGUAUAAUUACACAUCACGGAAAAAUGUAAAACCACUUUUAGUGCCAAAAUUGUGGUUUAGAUGAACUCUGGAAGAAAUAUAUACUUUAUGGUUUCCUUCCGAGGAACCUGAAAAUUAUAGAUUAUACGUAAGUACUGUUGUAUAUUUGAAAAUGCAAUAAAAUUUCCAUUAAAAUAAAA